ACGAGUCGGAAGGGGAAGAGGGACUGAGUGAGGAAGAUGGCGGCUCUUAGUGAGGAGGGGAGCUACGGGCUGUCCUGCGAGAGGGGGUCACAGGACCAGACAACCGUGCUUCACGUUAAACUCACUGAGACCGCCUUCAGAGCCUUGGAGAACUACCAGAACACUAAGAAUUCUAUAGCUGUAAGACCAUCCAUAAAAUUUCAGGGACUCCAAGGAUGCAUCAAGAUUCCAAAAUCAGACUGCCUCAAUGAAAUGCACAACUUUAACUUCUAUCUAUCAAAUGUAGGAAAAGAUAACCCCCAAGGCAGCUUUGAUUGUAUCCAGCAAACUGUGUCAAGCACUGGCGUAUCAAAACUGAAUUGCCUGGGAUUCAUACAAGAUAAAAUAACAGUAUGUGCCACUAAUGAUUCCUACCAGCUUACAAGAGACCGUAUGACCCAGGCAGAAGAAGAAACACGAAGCCGUAGUACAAAAGUUAUAAAACCCGGUGGCCCGUUCGUAGGGAAGAGGGUCCAGAUUCGUAAACCAGCAAAUAAUCUUUUAGAUGCAGCACCAGAAAGGAAAAGGUCCACACCCAUUAAUCCAGCAAACACCAUUCGGAAGACAAAUGUCAGCAACAGUAUUGCACAGCGGCCAUAUAGGGAAAGGGUGAUUCAUCUGCUGGCACUGAAGCCAUAUAAAAAGCCAGAGAUACUUGCUCGUUUACAUAAAGAUGGUGUUAAUCAAAAAGACAAGAACUCUCUCGGUGUUAUCCUGCCACAGGUUGCCAAUUUGAACCCCAAGGACAACUCGUAUACACUUAAGGACUUUGUUUACAAAGAGAUACAGCGAGAUUGGCCUGGAUACUCUGAGUUUGACAAACAGUUAUUAGACAAAGUUCUUUCCAGAAAACUUAAUCAAUCUCAGAAUGCAACCAGCACCAGUCAAUCAGAAUCUCCGCCUUUAAGUGCUACAUCUACAUCUCCUUCCCAGAAACGUCUUCUGGACACUGAAUUCAUUGAUCCAUUAAUGAACAAGAAACCAAGGAUAUCUCAUCUUACAAACAGGGUGCAGCCAACUCUAAAUGGUCAUUUAGGUUUAACCAAUGACAAACCAGCACCACCUCCUCCGCCCGCUGCUGCCACCCCAGCACUUCCGCCACUUCCACCUGCACGCCUUCCAGUUUCCAAUCCACAAAAUAUGAACUCUAACUCCAAUUCUCCCAGUACUCCUGAGGGUAGGGGGACACAGGAUCUGCCCAUGGACAGUUUCAGUCAAAAUAGCAGCACCUACGAGGACCAGCAAAAUAAAUAUACCUCUAGGACUACUCUGGAUAAAUCUAUAUCAAUGCCAAUUAAUUUGGGAAAUUCAGAUCCCAAGGACGAUAAAAAUGGCACAUUGCACAAAAAGGCAAAGAAAUCCAAAAAACACAAAGAUAAGGACCGCAAAAAACUGGAUACUGAACCCAUUGAAGAAAAGCCAGUCCUACUGAAAAAAGAAAUCGUUAAGUUGGAAAUGAGCCCCAAGCCGGAUAAAAAGAAAGACAUUAAAGAAACCUGCACAGCAUCAGAUCCUUCAUCUACAACAGAAUUACCAGAUUACAUGAUAAAAUACACUGUUAUUGUGUCCAAAGAACAGAGGCAAAGUUACAAAGAUGACUUCAACUCUGAAUAUGAUGAGUAUCGCAGCUUACAUGCCAGAGUAGAAGGUAUCACUACAAAAUUCAUGCAGCUGGAUGCCCAAAGAAAGCGCCUUUCCCCUGGUUCUAAGGAAUACCAGAUUGUACAUGAAGAGGUUAUCAAGGAGUACAGGAAAUUUAAAGAGGCAAGUCCGAACUAUUAUGAAGAAAAAUACAGAUGUGAAUACCUGCACAACAAGCUUGCCCACAUCAAAAGACUAAUAGGGGAAUUUGACCAACAACUGGCAGAGUCCUGGCACUAAAGCUCUGCCUAGACAAGAUGUGAAUACUUAACGUUAUUUAUUUUAAAUUCCAGAUGUGUUACGCUAGGAUAAAGCAAAGAAACUUUUUUUCAGGAGUUUCAGUAUUAGCAGACUUAAUUUCUUCCCUCCUCCUGGUGCCCAACCUUACCUUUAUCCUGCUUAUUUAAAAGCUGCUUUUUCCUCUUCCUUGUCCUUCGGACUCUCAUUUAUCUGUGGAAAUCAGUAUAGAUACUGGAAUUCCAGUGACUAUACUCAAACUGCGCAUUCUAAGUUUUAUGUAGCAUAAUGUGCUUUUGGAUAAAUGUCUGUCUGUCUUUCUUAAAUGCAAACCCUUUGCCUUAAAUGGUAAAGGUUAAAAAAAAUUUGCACAAAAAUGUAUUUAAAAAUAAAACAAACACAAAAAGCAAAAUAAAAAUAGAGGGUUAAGAGACAGAAAAAAAAUAUAAAAAAAAAAUCUAUCCUAAACUUUAAGUCAUAACCCCUCCCUACACACACUUCAAUGGAUGCCUUAAGGUGUUUGCCUGUUUAUAUUUAGUGUAGUUAAGUAUUUCUACACGGCUUCCCGUCUUACUAAAGCAAUGGGAAGCACACCGUGGCCUAUCAGCGUCUAGGAGCGUGCUUGUACGUGUGCAAGGGUUGUGUGGGUGUGAGCAUGCAUGAUGAACUCAAAGCUGCUAUGUAAUAGGCCAAACGCUCAGGUUUUAAAAAACUGGCGAGUGUUAUUCUAGGGUUUUUCCUAUGAAUUUGCUACUUGUGUUGUGGAAAACGUUUGCAUUUCCAUUUCAAGAAUUUGUCAGCAUUGACAUCGGAGUGAGGGGGAGGGUAAUAAGGGAGCUGGUAUCAAACCAAGCGGAGCCCUUUCAGUGGAGGGGGGUGUUACUUCUUGUGAAGAGGUUUAACUUUUUUUGGGAUUACAAAUUAAGAAAUGUAACAAUGUAGGUAACUUAUUUAUAUACGGAUAUAAAGUAUUUUUGAAAGAUUAUGCAAAGAGACUAUUUACCUACAUGUAUAUGUAAAGAUUUUUUUUUUCUCCUGUAAACCAGGAGCUUAAGUAAAGUACAGAUAUAUUUAACUUUAAGAAAUACUGUGAUCAUCAGACAGCACAAAGUUGCAUUUCAUGCAAUGUACCAGUUUACUUUAAUUAAAAUUAUAAUAUUUUUUUUCAUGUGGGAACACUUAUUUUUAUUUAAUUUUUUUUUAAUUUAUAUAUAUAUUUUGCUUUUCUUUGCAUUCUGGGUAGACUGAAAUAAUUUUUUCCCCUGUCAUAAGUGCUGCCAAUGAAAAAGGGACGCAUAAUGUUUACAGAUGUCAUUAUUGGAAUGUUUGCCAAAAAAGCCUGUUGUCAGUAUCUGUAAUAAACAUUGCCUCCAGCAUCAAACAUG